AUGGGAAAUUUGCUUACUUAUCCAUUCCCGUAUCUCUAUAAAAGGAAAGAAGAAUGGCAGGAAGAAAAGUAUGUCAAAAGUAUUUUUACACUAGAUGUCAAAAAAAUGAAAGAAAUUUGGUCGAUUAUAGAGAAGGAUAGCAUGUAUUAUGGAUUUGCACUAUGCACAAUGAUUUUUAAAACUCAUCCAGAAUACGUGAAAUAUUUCGAAGAUACAUCACUUCCAUAUUUCGUUCAAGAAGCAAAACUUAAAAAAAAAUUUAGAAAUAUAUGCGAAAUGUUGUGUGCUUUAUUUUUAAAUUAUGACAAUACAUCAAUGAAAAAUGAUUUUCUUGGCUACAUUGCUAUGAUUCAUAAAGAUAUGGGAUUAACAGUUUUUGAUUUCGAAAAUUUUACAUCAGAUGUAUUAGAUAUGUUAAUACAAGAAUUACCACAAAUAAUGACAAAAGAACACAUUAUCGCGCAAAAAAUAUGUUAUAACGAUAUAAGAUAUGACUCUGAUAAUAAUGAUGAUUAUGUUAUGAAAACGAGACAACAAAUCUCUUUGGAAGAUGCAAUCAAAAAAGUGAUAAAGAUGACACCAAGAGAACGUAAACGAAUGCGUAAUAAGCGUUCUAAUAAACUUUUAAUGUAA